CAAAACUGAAGCCCUACACGAGAGUUCAUGCGGUCGAGAAAAGGAUGCCUCUAAAACUCGGAAGAGUUUUGCGAUGCUGGAGGUUAUGUGAAUUAAACCGGUAGCAUAAGUGUGCAAAGACCGUGUUUUGGUAUGGCGGGAUGUGAUAUUAGAUCUGUGGGACCUUAUGUACUAGAAGGAACUUUGGGUAGAGGACAGACUGGUAUGGAACAACAUUCGUAAAGUUUCGAUCCUUCAAUUUUCCAAGCACAGUUUUAAUAGCCUUCUCUGUUCUACAGGACUGGUUAAACUUGGAAUCAAUUGUGUGACGAAAAAGAAGGUUGCAGUUAAAAUAAUUGACAGAACGAAGCUUAGCGAGCAAGUUUUAAGCAAGGUAAUUUUUGCCUAUUAGUCCUUUCGUUAGUAAAACUUUGCAAUAAAAUAUCAAAGAUUCUCGAAAAGUCGAACAUGUAAACAUGCAAUUUGCAUGUGAUUUAGCGAUGAAAAUAACCAACGGCCUGUCAGUGCAGCAUUUACAUUUUAAUUUAAAAAUUUUAUCCUUCAACGGCUUCACGUUUUAUAGACAGGCAAUAUCUGUGAAUCGACAAUGAGAAACAGAUUUUCACAUCCUAGCUGCAGUGCUCCGAAAUUCUCUUCAAUAUGCAUGUACAUGUUUUGCUUAUAAACAUUUCAUUUUUGGCCCAAUUUUUUUGUUAUAGCUUCCUUGUUUGAAAUAUUUAUGAGUAUCUGGCUUACUUUGUUUCCCUUGGAUAUUGCACGGAUUUUCAUUCGCUUUGCGUUUAUUGAGGUUAAGAGGCGAAAAAUCAAGGAUGUAUUUAAAGCUCGUUGGUAGCUAGUCUUCCGUGACAAAAAUUUACGUUUUGAAUCGUUGUUCCGCCAAGUACAUGACAGAUGACGGUAAUUUUGACGUAAAGUAAAAAUUCAAAACAAAUAUUCGCCUUUUUAUUUCCAAAACAAAGAGAAUUUUCAGCUGUUUUACUAAGUAUGCAAGAUUACUAUCCAUUUCGCUUGAAAUACUGUACAUUUCACAUAGCCUCCGAUAGAUUUUGUCUUUUUUUGCUGAAGCCUACCAAAUGUCCAAAUUGGUUUGGAAUAGGUCUUUCCAGUUGUAAUAAUAAUACAAAGAGAAAUUUUCCAGAAAUUGCUUCCGUUAAUUUUCACGUCCAAUUUUGUUAGUUUUUGCCCAUUAACUAAUAUUUUUUCAACAAACCUGUUCACAUUGGGGUUCUACGACAGCCUGUACUUUGUACAUUUUAAUGAAGAUUUCAUCAAUUUCAGCUAUCGAUAGUUUGGCCGUUGACAACUAGUCCGACCAAAAGGUUCUUGCAAUUGCGUCGUUCAUAAGAAUACAAAUAGUUUUCUUACAAUUAUUUUUUCUUUAAAAUUCAUAAUUUCAACUUUUUCACUCAUGCACAAAGAUUCGUUUAUGUCACCUUAUUAUUAAUUCGCUAAAAAUUUGUAUUAGUGGUAUGGAAACCGAUUCAGAAUGUAGUUGAUAUUGAAAUGGGACAUGUAUGUUAUUGCAAUGCUUCAAAUAACAGCUGCGUCACACAACAUCACCGUGCUGCGUGUAGCUGCAAAUUUUAUCAUUUUCCUUAGACAUCGUUGUUUCGUCAGGCCUUUUUAUUUAGUUCACCUGGAUAUAAGCAACUUUACACCACUCUUGUGUCAGACGUGUUUCUCCUUCCUGACCCUGGGUCCUAAACAGUAUUUAAAAGACUUAAAAAUAAUGCUCAAGGUGGUUUUUAAUCCCAUCUGAAAUUCUCUUAUCAUAAGAAAAUAUGGGGUAAUUUGUAAGGAGAAUUGAGCAGCUUAUCAGAAGACACUUUGGGCAUUUUUUAAAGUAGUACUCUCUAGUUUAUAUCUACAUGAGGAAGUUGUGAAUUAGGUUUAACACUCAGUCCCGUACGUUAAAAAGCAAUCAUAAUCGGGAGUAAUCAAUUUGCUACUCUGUAACUUUUCAUUUUUUUAAAAAAAUAUGAUGUGAAAAGACAGAUAAUUUUUGUCUUGCCAAACAGAACAGCAGGUAGUACUUAAAGAGUACUUCAAGAGUUUUUAUCAGUUUGAACUCCAAGGGGAUGAGUGUCUUCUGUGCAACAGUUAAGGUCCUUGCUUCGAAUUUCUCAUUCCAAAUAGUAGCCUGUGCUUUGGGGGUUUCCACUGCACAUUUUAUAUGGUUUUAUUUUAUACAUGGUUUAUUUUGCAUAAUUUUCCUUUCUUCAAUACUCAUUUUGUACUUCUACAUAACUAUGCAUAAAAACAACAGAACAUUUAAAAAUGAACCAAGAAUAUUAUUAUGUGCUAGUUUUUUAAAACAGACCAGAAAAAAAAAUGAUGUGAUGUAAUAGUUUUAUUUCUUUAUUAAUAUUAAAUACAUUUUACAGUGAAUCUGCAAGUAAAGAGAAGAAAAACCAUGACUUAAAAACCAUAGGUGAAAAUUAAUGCUUUAAUUGCUGAACCUUAAGCGCAUAACAGUGCUGUUACAAUGAGAAUUGCCAUGACAACGAGAACCAAUAUGAAUAUUUAUUGGAAUCCUUUAAGUCAAAAUUUUAGCUUCUUCUUUAAAGUGUAGUUUUCAUGUCUCUCCCUUGAUAAAAACAAUACUUACUGGAAGAAAAAAUACAGUUUUUAUCCAAGAUUUGAGUUUUUUGAAAUUGCAUGACUUUCUUGCUAGAUUCAGAAGUAAAUAAGGAAACCACUUAUUUUUAAUUUCCUACAAAAUAAUGAAAACAUUUUGUCCUUUAAUGUAGGUCAAAUGACAGAAUGGAAUUCACCUGUAUUUACUUUUAGAGUGUCUGAGUUGGAAAAAGAUAAAUAAAGGCUGAAAUGUCAUUCAGUGAUCAGUAAGAUCAUAAGGAAGUAAAAGCAGAGUAUAGCAUAUUGUUUUACAUGUUUUUCAUAUUUAAACGCUGAUAAUUUGCAUUAAAUUAAGUGUCAGGUUUUGAUUGCCCAGUGACAUACUAGGUUAAAAAGGUUUUGAUUAAUUUAAAGGGUUUCACAUGUUUUUAGCGUUUUUUAUGUAAACCAAAAACAGAUAUGCUGUGAGCUCAAUUUUUUUUUUUCGCAAUAAAUUUAACUACAAAAAAAUCGCCCUCUCAAAUAAAAAGAUAUUUUCUUAAGCUGAAGAACUUUUCCUUGAAGAUAUUUUGUUUUAAGGUGCAUGACUGUGUUCAAAUAUGUCCAUAGUUGUACAUGGGUCAAAACCUAGUUCUCAAAAAAAAUCCAAAGUAAGCCAAUUCAUCUUCCCUUUAAUGGACUUCUAUUUUAUAACAUAACAAUUUGAUGGGUUUUUGAUGAAGUUCUUUCUCAGAUCAGUGGAUCGACUCACAGACUGUUUUUUCAUUCUGAUGAAGGCUUGAAAGAGACUGUAAUCCUCUGGUGAAUUUAACUGUUGACAGUGACAGUCAUAGUCUUAUAACUUGUUAUGGCCUUUUCCUUAACUGAAGUAAUAUUCUCCUGCUGAUGUUAACAAUAAAAAAUUGGGCUCUAGAUUAUUGGUUCUGUUUUAUUUGUUAUUUAUCAAAAAUGAAAAAUAAUAAUUCAAAUUUUUCCCUUUUUUUGCUUUAAGUGUUCAGAGUCAUACGUGCCAACAGACUAUACCCUGCUGUGUGGUGCUUUAAUUUUGCAUUUUGCUUGAAAGAGAGGAACUCAUUGUGCCAGCAACAUUUUUUUAAAUUUUUAUAUUUCACUUAUUAGACCUGUUGGUUUGUUGUAUUGAUAGUUUGUCAUGAAACUGUAAACUUAACAACCGAAUUAAAGAAUCAAAUGUUUACUCAGGAGCCUGAAUUAUUAUAUUAAUAGGCCUUGACUUUAUUGAAAGUUGGAAUGUGUAAAUCAGACUUUUUUAGUUAAGCUUAAUAAAUAAGUAUAAAUUGUAGGCAUGUAUAAAAUAGGUUGCUUUGUGAGUUUAGAGAGAAUUGUUAAAAUCAAUCAAUCUUACAUUGUAAUCCCCAAGUGUUUUGUUCUUUAAUGGAAGGAAAUAUUUCAUGAUAUUAUUUUAAGCUUCACAUAUACACUUUAUCAAUUAACAAGAACGAGCAAUGGUAUAGGUAGUUUAUGCCAGAAAAUCAGGCUGUUUUGAUUUUCUGGCUGUGCACUUUUGAAAUGGCGACAAGAAUCCCCUAGUGUGCCAAACAGGAUGUGUUGGUUACUUACUGUUGAGUGGCACUGUACCAAUAUUCUGAAACAGUUAAACCACCAAAAUUCAGCUUAGGAAAUGCGUGACAGAAAAUUGUUUGAAGAAAAGCAUGCAAAGCUGGGAGGUUAGGAACCUACAUGUAAAAGUCCUUGUAAUAGUUGAGGGGCAAGUGUUUAUUUUCGUUUUGGUCAAAACCUGUUUUUUUUGUAACUUUGCCAAGCCUUCACAUGCCUGAUUUUUGAUGUUUAACUUUAAUUUCACACCUAGAACAAAAGCCAGCAUAGAUCUUAACCAGUAAACAACAGUUUGGGUAGUUUUGUUUCUUCUUGCUCAGAUGGUGAUCAGAAUUAUGGUGCAACUAGGUUCAAACGGGAUUUUUAACCAAAAUCAGGUGGGGCUGACAAUAAGGACUCGUUUUCAAUCUUUUCCGCGGCUAGCUGAACAUGCAAAGACCAUGUUUGGAGUGGAAAAAAAUUCAGUGUUAUGUAAAGUACCAUAGGUAAAUGCAUGUUUAUAGAAACACUUGACAUGGUUGUACAUCCAAGAGUAAUUAUGAAAAUAUAUUGACUUCGGUCCCUUCUUUCAGGUUGAAAGGGAAAUUGCCAUCAUGAAGCUGAUAGAGCACCCACAUGUCCUUGGUUUAUAUGAUGUUUAUGAAAGCAAAAAACACUUGUGAGUAUAUACCCUCAUUCGUACCUCUGAAGUAACAGGUAUGCACGGCUGUUAUCUUGUAACUUACAUUAUAGUAUUGGGAGAGGGGAACAGGGAGUUCCAAACCUCUCUCCUCUUAUAAAUAACGUCCAUGGUUCCUUCCCCUUGCCUUCUUCCAUUUAACCCUUUUUCAGGCACAAAAUAAGUGUUGCUGCAUAAUUCCCCCCUACUUGUCCCACUUCCCACCCUUUUCUCUCCCACUUCCUGCUCUUCUCCCACUCUCUAUUCUUCCUGGCUCCCCCACCCCCUUUUCUCCCCACUGUAUUAGCCAGGAUUUAAUUAUCUUCUCGUGUUCAGUGGGGUCCAGGGGAAUGUUUCCCCAGGAGCAAUUUGGAAAAGAAAGCCUCUUAAGCAUGGUUUCCAUAUGAUUGCUGCGAUCACUUUGAAAAAAAAGUUCAGCGAUAUAGCGAUCAUAUGGAAACCACUUUCCAGCAAUCAUAGCAAUUCACUGACAACGAUUGCUGAGAUGGAAAAAGUUCUAUCUCGGCGAUCGUUGUCUCUGCGAUCGCAACAAUCGCUGGAAAGAGGUUUCCAUAUGAUCGCUAUGAUCGUAGCGAUCAUAUAGAAACCAGGCUUUAGAUGAAUGUAUUUUCAACAUUUCGAAGCAGCAAUAGGACUUUCUUCAAAAGGUUAUUUUGUCCUAUAUUUUCAUUUUUUUGGACUGAAAAUAAGUCACAUAAAUGUCCAAAUUUAAGGGUUGAGGGUUUGACUUGUACCUUCUCUUUUAGGUUUCUUGUAUUGGAACAUGUGUCUGGAGGCGAACUUUUUGACUACUUGGUAAAACGAGGAAGACUUCCCUUGGGAGAGGUAUUUUUUCUGACUAAUGUUUGGUCUUGCUUGCCUUUUAAUCCACUGCUAACAUUUUCAUUGUCUGAAAUUUAAUUGCAUUGUGCAGAAUUACUUGUAUGAAGUUAACAAGGUUUUCUUAAUUUGUAAAUGUUUGUAUUUUAAGGCAAGGCGUUUUUUUGCUCAGAUGAUUUCUGCUGUUGACUUCUGCCAUAAACAUUGUAUCUGGUAAGUAAAAAGUUUGCUUUGGUUUGAUUGCUGAUGUGCACUUCAGUAAACUAUCCAUCUGAUACUCCUUCUUAAUCUCUUUUAAUCCUUUGAUCCCCAAUAUCCACAUAAAAAUUCUCCAAACUGAUCUCUAUAGAUUUGUUGGAAAGUUAGUUAAGAGAAUUUGUUAAAAAAAUCAAGAUAUUUUCUCCUUAAUGAUCAGUUUAUAAAUUCUCAUAACCUUUCUAUUUGAUUAAGCAUUGAUAUUGUUAUGUGAAAAUUUAUGUUGGUCACACUUGGGACUUAAAGGGUUAAGGGCUAAAAUAUACAUGUAUACUGGAGCAGAAGCAUCCACAAUCUGGGUCUGGUGUCGCUUUACUUUGAAACAUGACAGUAUAUAUUAAAGGUAGAUAAAUUACCCUAUGCAUAUAUAUAUUUUUUUUCAUUUUUCCUAACAGCCACAGAGACUUAAAGCCAGAAAAUCUACUUCUUGACAAGAAGAUGAACAUCAAAGUUGCAGACUUUGGAAUGGCAUCUUUGCAGGUGACUAAUAUCUGUGUUUAAGCUUUACUUUCCUUGCAGGGUCUUAGCAUGAUGGGUGUCUGCCACCAUCCUGUGAAUGGCCAGAUUUUGGCAGCAAAUUAUUUUUUUUGUGGUUUAAGUAACUUCCUGCAUGAGGGACAGAAUAUGAGUUAAGGGUUAUUGGGACAAAUGUGAAAAUUGUCUUUGUCCAAAGAGGCUUCUCUCUCAAUCUAUUAUUCAAAAUAUUCUUGGAGUUCGUGGCCCCAGACCCCCUCCCCUUUCUUAUGGGUGGGACCUCUAGUCCCUUUAUUCCUUGGGGAUACCCACUUAAACGUCCAACAUUACAGGUGUAUUAUAACAAAUAUGCUUUUUCAGGCUUUCUAGAAUCGAAGGACUAGUUUUGAAAUUCCAGGUUCUGUAACAAAUAUCUACAUUAAACCCAUAAUACAACUUGUACAGAACUGUAGAGAAUUAAUUUUUCCUUCUUAAAGGACUCAAUCUAGGAUUUUUGUACCCUCCAGGUUGGAGAUAAUGCCAUGCUGGAAACAAGUUGUGGGUUAGUUACUUAGUAACUUGAUUACUGCUACAGUAAUUUAUAAUAUUGUAGAGAGUUUGCAUUUAUUUUUCAAAUUAUGUUUCUCAAUAAUAUUAUUUAAGCUUUACUUAAGGGAUGUUUGUUUUUCAUUUUCCUCUCUUUUCCUGAUUAAACAAUGCCAUUUUAAAAACAAAACUUGGUAAGGUGGACCGAGCUGCUGUAUGAAUAUGCAGAACAGACUUUAUGCCUUUAUGAAGAAAAAAAAAAUGUUAUUACUUUUUCUUGACAACUGUCUAUUUUGCUCUUAUACUGUCUAUAAGAAUUUUUAUGCUAAUAUCUGAGGAACAUAACUGUAACCUCCCCUUCUACCCAACAUUUAUUUUGGGCCCUGAAAAUCUGGUACAUGUAUGUAUUAUACAAAUUCUGAAUUAUUUUGUGAGUGAGCAAACCUUUAGCACAUGCGGUAUUUUUUUUUCUGUGAGUGCACGGUUGUUAUUUAAAUUAUAUUAUGGAAUAUAAUUUUGAAAUCAAAUGUGUGGGUCUAUUUAAUAUCUGGUUCAGAAUUUAUCUCCCUUGUGUAAACUUGAAAUAUGAGUCAUGACACAUACAUGUACACAUACCAUACCCAGAAACAAAGGGAAAUAAAUUUUGAACCAGGAGUGAAAUUGAAGCGAUUGUGGAAUUAAUUAUUAUUAGUUAAAUGUAGUUCUUUUUCAGUAAUAAUUUUCAAGAUGCAUACAUGUAUUACUGGUACACUGUACAUUGUUUCAUCCAUAGGUCACCCCAUUAUGCCUGUCCAGAAGUCAUCCGGGUAAGUUAAGCAUCUUGUAUCAGCAUAUGAAUACUGUUCAUGCAUUUGCAUAAACAGCUGUUUGUUGAUAUAUAUACAUGUAAUAUUUUGUACAUGUAAUUACGGGACUUUGUAGUUAAUGGUGGUAACGAUCACAGCUAAUGUCUAUAGUUCUUCUUACCGCCUGCAACCGCUUGAAGGUUUACUAAAAUUUAACAAGAAUGCUCUCACAGUGGCAUUCAGUCUCACUUGCUUGGAGGUUUAAUUCUACAUGAAAGAGGAUUUCCUUGCUAAAGGCUUUUUAAUUCCUACUUUAUCGACGUCACAUAUUCUUCAGGUCAUUAAUGUUUUAUUUGUUUGUGAAUUGAUUUAGUACGCGUGAUAGCGACAACCGGAAAUACAUCUGAGGGCACAGGCUAUGCGCCUGUAUAAACAUAAAAAAUUCACUUGGGCCUCAAUUCCAGACAAUUACAUCAUUGCCAGAGAUCAAAAAAGUGACUUACAUGCCACAUUAUUUCAAUCAUCACCGAAAAUAAACUGCAGGCUCAUCACAAGAUCCAUUUGCAUACAGUGAAUGUUUACAACACCUGACCAUCGUUUUGAUCUGAUCCGAUCAAGGAAAUAAAUGAACAUGUGGAAAAGUAGUAAAGAAUACACAGCUUUUCUUUUUAUGGGCUACGCAUUGUGGGAAGAGAACAUUAAAGGCAGAGUAUUAUUGGAAUCAAUGUUCGAAAAUGUUGUCUAAAGAUAACAAUGGCCGAUUUGCAUCGUACAAGAGGUCUUAAAAUGAGGGAAUGACCUUUCAAAGAACUUAGCUCUUAAAUUUCCCAGUGAGGAUGGGGCCAUGUCCCUCACUCCAAUGCCCCCUCCCCUCCCCUCCCCGCUAGGAAAAGGCACCUCUGGCGCAUUUAUUGCCUUACAGCCAUGAAUGGUCCCUUACCUGCUGAGCUAAAAUUUAGGGAAAAUGCUGUAUAUGUACCUAAUUAUAACUUUUGUCCCCUCAGGGAGAAAAAUAUGAUGGUCGUAAGGCAGAUGUUUGGAGCUGUGGUGUUAUUUUGUAUGCUCUGUUAGUGGUAAGUUCAGGGACUGUAUUAAUUUUCCAACAUUGUAAACACUUACUCGGCUUAUUGUGAUCUGUUAAAAAAUAAUAUUAUUAAGAAAAACCUGUUGUGAAGUAUGACUGGACUUAAUAUUGUUGUACCUAAAAGAAAACUAGGGCAUAAUUCAUUUAACCAAAUUUUAAGUGUUAUGGUGCCGAAUAGAAUUCAUUUUUUGACAAGUCUUGUUUUGGUCCCCUCAAGGAUAAAUUUGGAACCCAGAUAUGCUUGAAAUUGUGGUGUUACAUCCCUAUUUCAAAACUGAUUAUUCUCUUUGUGGCUGAAUUUCCAACAUGUUGGUAUUGGUAAAUAAACAGGAAUGAUCAAAGGUAAUGGCAAAUAAUUAUUGUCAACAAUACUGGUUCAACCAAGAAAGGAAGUCCACCUGCAAAGGUGGCAUUUUUUUUCUUAAACUUUACUGGUUGAACCGAAGCAAUCCAUUUGGUUUUGGACUCUCGGAAUUUUGUUUGAAUAAACUGUGCCCAGUGUGGUACAUUGUAGUUAUUCUAGCUAUUAGUUCAGGUUGUUCCCCCAAAGCAGCAAUUUUUUUACUUGUCCUUAAUAUCUAUAUAGGGUGCUCUUCCCUUUGAUGAUGAAAAUCUGCGCAAUCUGUUGGAGAAAGUAAGUUCAUGCCAUGCAUACUGUUCUGUUGUGAUGCAGUAUAAUAACGUUAUCUGUUUACAUGUAAUUCACACUAUUAUUGGUAACAAUUCAGUUUUGAUUAACAGAAAAAAGAAACCUGGCAGCAGUUGUAUUUCAUUUUGUGGUGGCAGUUCAAGAACAAUUUUUUAAACUUAACUGAAGUGAAAAAUGGGCUUCAGUUGUCCGCGAGUCUGUUAACAAUCAAUUUCUUUUUUGCCAAACGAAACACGUGUCUGGGACUUGCUUCCCUACCCUUCUGAGUUUUUUUCCCCUACUCCCAGAGUCUAAACGGACGGACAUGUACGGUGACAUCAUAACCAAAUUUUCUUGCAUGCAUAGAUUACCAAAUUAUCUUAACAAUGGGGCUUUGUUCGCACGUGCUUCGCAAGUGCGUGUGGAGCUCCACUAUAAACAUUCACCCCAAAAAGUGGUCAUGGUCGAUUACACAAGAAGUGGUCAUUUACGAGAUGUUCAAUUUAAAGGCUUUCACUGUGAAAAUUUUGUUGUUUGAAGACAGUGGUUGCUUUUGUACAUAUGGACUUCACUGUUCUCCUUCCUUCUCCUGCUCAAACUGAAGUUUACAUCCACCUCAUAAAGAAGGUGCAGCACUGCACAGUUCUUACAGCUGUAUUAGGUGUUACACACAUUUGCCAUCUCUGCUGCCAUACCUUUCAUCACUGUGGUUUCUUAGUACUUAAGUUAUUUUGUUGUUAAUGAAAGAGGUGAGCCAUGGCUUCAGCCAUAUUAUUUCUCGUUUUCAGGUGAAGAGGGGACAUUUCAGUAUCCCAGUCUUCAUUCCAACAGAUGUCCAAGAAAUGAUUAAAGGCAUGAUUACAGUAGACCCAGAAAAGAGAAUUACAGUUAAGUACACAAUCAAUUUGAGCCAAAUAUUUAAAAAGUAUGUAUUGUUUUGUUUUCUUUGUUUUAGUUGAAAUAACACAUGUAUGUUGUUAGCCUGGAAACUAAGAUUUAGUUGUCUGUUGUAGAUGGAAGCUGUAAAGAAGCAUCCUUUUCUUACCAGGUAUUUUAAACUUGUUUUGUCCAUGUAACAAAUGUUCUCUUUUAAGUUCUAUUUCAUAUGCCUUGAGGUCAACUUCAUCUACAAUUUACUUGCUUCAUCAUAUAAACUUGAAUAAAAGCUGUUUAAAGCUGUUUAAAGUUUCAUUUGCAUUACUCUCUCCAAUAUUAAAAUAAUUUUAACCUUUGCCUUUUUUCCUUUCAGUUUCAAAGAUGAACUUGCUCCUGUACCCCAUGUUGCUGAUGUGGUCAAGGUAUCAAAAUAUUGUUUAAUUUUUUCACCAAUGCCAUAACAUCUUAGGGUAUGGGUGUUUGCAGGUAGACUUGCUGUACUCCAGUGUCAAAAAAAUGAUAUCUUCUUGUGCAUGAUAUCUACUUGGUGGAGGCAGUGUGUCCGAGUGUUGAGCGUGCUGGCCUUGUAAUUCGCAGGCCCCAAAUUCAAGUUUAGCACUGACUACUGGCUGGAUUUGUUCUCUGUAGUGCCGAGUUCAAAUCCUUGGCCACAUUUGUUAAAUAGCCAACUGGUUUGCCUCCUACCAGUGUAGAGUCUUCACUGUGUUAUAAAGCCUAUAAGAGGGGAGGAUAAUUAAGUAUUAAAUUAAAUUUUAUGUCUUAAGAAUAGAGAAAGUGAUCUAAAUAGGAGAAGGGUUUGAAAGCCUGCAGGGCAGACCCCUUAAAUACGUAAGACACAGGUCUCCUCUCCCAUUCUUGAACCUUCUCGUGGAAACAAUGUUUCUUUCGCAAUUUUUGAACGUUUAUGUUGUUAAUAAAAAAUAAAGCUCUUAGAAUACAUCCCUACUAUGUGUAAUUACCAAUGUUUUCCUGACAGACAGAAGUGAUUCCCAGUAAAGAUGAGGUUGAUCCUGAUGUGUUAAAGAGCAUGUCAUCACUGGGUUGCUUCAAGAACAGGGAGAAGCUUUUGUGCAAUCUUUUAAAGCAAGAGUGAGUACUCUAACAUUACGUUUUUAGUCGUAAAAGUUUUGUUGUAUCCCUUGUAACAUUAGUAAAACACAGCUCGACAUUUGUUGAUGAACAAAUCUUGUUGCUUUUGUUCAACAAAUGUUAAACGCUAAAAUAGGCCAUUCAGCAUGCUGAACAUUGUCAAGGGAGGGUACAGAUGGACUCUAUACCUUGCGAUAAGUUGCAAUUUAAUGAACAAGGGAAGCUGAAACAUGAGACUAUAUAGUAUCAAGAAAACGAAUUUAGGUCGUGUAGGAUCAAGUUUUGGGAAACUGAAUUAUCUUAAGAACUUCUUUUCUCAUUGUCAUUCUAUAGAAAGACGAUAGAAAAAGUCAUUUACUUCAUGUUAUUGGAGAGGAAGGAAAGGUCCCCCACUCAUGAAGAUGCAACAGUUGCAGCCAUAAAGAAUAUAAGAGAGAUUUGUAAGUUUUUGGUUUGUCAUUAUUUGUCAUUACUUUUGAUUCUCUUGCAAAUAAAACUCACUUUCGCCAGGAAGAUUUUGCACUUACCGGUAGCCUCGUUUUGAAAGUGCAAGUGUUUAGAACUCGGAAAUGACCUGUUUAAGUUUUUAAAGGCCAUGUUACACGAAACAAUUCGCAACGAAGAUUUUCGGCACAUCACAGCAAUGCAGGAUUGUUGUGACAUUGUUUCAAAGUUUGACAACGUCAAUUCAACAUUCUUGUUCUAAAUAUCCUCAUUGCAAUUCCUUCUCAAUUUCUUAUAGUGGAAGAUGCACCAAGAAAAAGGAUCGACUCUUGUGGAUCUCCAAGAUUGCAAAGACCAAGGUAAGCUUAGCAUUCACUGCAAUAUUGCAAGUACAUAACAUUAUGGCUUUAGUCUCAGUCAAAAUAUUUGGGACACUUUACUGUCUUCUAGCCCUCCUAAUGGUGGUGCACAAGAUUUGGUGAAAAGUUAACAAUUGGUUUUGGUUUUCCUUCUGAUUGGAUAAAAAAACCAUAUUGGGUAAACGCAAAACCAAUUACCUUUCGACACUCAAAUGAAAACCGCUCUAACUGCGAUAAACCAUAUUGGGAGGGAGAGAAGACGGGUCAAGAGGAAAAAAAACAGCGUUCGAUGGAAGUGUCUCAACUAUUUUGUCUAGGACUGACUUGAACGUGGCAAUAUCAACGACGGCCACUGAAAGCCAAAAUGUUAUUUACACCUCUUUUGAAAAAAUAAUGAUAUUGUCAGCACGCUUGCCGAUGUUAAAAUUCUUCUGUAAAUGGACACCAAUUUUUGUGUGAAAAGGACGAUAUCAGGUGGUGUUAGUAUAAUACCUUUGAGGCGAUGACCUUCACUUAAAACUCAUUUGAAAAUUGCUGUAGAUUUACAGUUAAUCAAGGUUUUUUAUUUGUAAAACUGCAUGUAAAAAUUUAUUCCAAGCCUCUAAAAAUUUGUAGGAAAACUUCGCUAACCGCCUCGCCUCCUGUUACCCCAAGGACAAGGGCAGAGACUUAUUCUGGAGCAGGAACCAGGUUAGCAAAACUAUUAAUUUGCAUUGUGUAAAAAGACAAAGUCAGUUACUUCGAAGUAUUCUUAUGAGCCAAGGGAGAAACGAGUUUAGUGGCAACCAGGGUCCUCUCCAACUCCGAGUAGGAGGGAACCCUGGGAAUGAGGUUGGGUUGGUCAGGUCCGCGAAAAACAAGGUCUUCAAAGGGGGUACCUUUUCUGUUAAUAGUGGAUAUAUAAUAGGGUUAGGGGUUGGACCUCGGGCCCCCGCCCCUGGGAUAAACACCUGCUGUUGUGUGACAUUGUUUGCGUCAUUCAUCAAUGUUUUGUUACCAGCCCCCCAAAAUUAGACGAACUGUUCAACUCGCUGUUUAACUCUUCAGACUUUUUUGAAGAAGAACAUUUUGCAACAUGUUUAUUCGAUUUUUCUACUAGCCAGCGCCACAGACGAAACUGAAUUCUGGUUAAGUUCGGCUGCGAAAGUGAAUCCUUGUUCUCUUUCCCCAACUGUGUACCAAGAUUUGAGUACGCGCCCUGAGUGGCUGUGAAAAAAGCCAAUGUGGAUGUGCUAAUCAAGUUGAAAGGAAAUGUGAAACGCACUUCCGGUAACUCGUUGAAUGCGUUGAGGGCUCAGAACAAGAAUCGGAGCUGCUUUGGCGACGUUACCACUGGUUUUCCCGCCAAAAUGACGUCUGAGAAACAAGCGCAGAAAUACGGAUGACGCGUUACUACCCAGAUCUGGGUAGUGCUUCUGAUUGGUUGAAUAAAAUUUCCCACGCGGCACGACCAAUCAGAAGCAUUACCCAGAUCUGGGUAGUCACGCUUCAUCAGUAUGGAAUUUCUGCGCUCGUUUCUUAGACGUCAUUUGGCGGGAAAACCAGUGGCAGCGUCGCCAAGUGUCGGUUGUUUUCUGAGGCUAAUUUUUCACUAGCUCUGUAUUCAACAAGCCAGGUGCAUGAAAGCUGAGAAGUUUGCCACCCAGACAAGAGAAGAUAGACACAGAGCAGUACACUGCAGAUUCUGUUGCACAUGGCACAUCUCUUGCACUUCAAUGAACGCACUCCAGUUUCUGCCCCAAAAACAAUUAUUUACUUUUAAACUGGUAUUUUGUUUGUUUUCGUAGAGGAGUGGACGUUUACCAACACGGAACUGUUUCUGCUAUUGUUUCAUUGCUUUGUAUUUCAAUGUUUGCAGUCCUCUGGUACAUGUGAGUCCAAAGCACCAGCCGGUUUGCCGUAAUGCACAACAAGAAAGUCCGCUGUCCAGUCCUCCUGAGUCGCCUUCGCACCAUGCAACAUCACCCCCAGGGAGCCCCUGGCGAUCCCGAUUCGCUAACUUUAAAAAUGCGAUUGUUGGCUCGCCAAGAUUUCACAGGAAAAAAAUUGCAAAUAGUAGGUUUUGAUAUCUGUUGUUAAUUUAGCCUGUGUAGCUUUUUUUAGGGCGACGGGUAAAAUUUCGAGGACGCGCGCGCAUAUGAAGGGCACUCUAUAAAACCAACCAAGUAAACAACCUGGCUCCUGUCAUGUAGGUUAUUGCUGAUAUUAUCUGUGGUAAUGAAUCGAAUUGAAUAGAAUUAGUAGCUUUAUAAACCUUGUUUUUAACUUAUUUUCUCACUAUGGGUUUGAAGUAACAAGCUUGUCGUACUAUCUAUGUAACUCUUGUUUUUUUCUGCCCCAUUGCGUUGUUUGCCUCCCAGAAAAGUGUUUUUGUACCACGUGACUGUUUCGCUGAGGGCCUAUGGCUGACGAAUUCGUUCCCACUUCACCCAGCAACCUUAAGAAAGUCAGUUUAUUGCGGACCUAAAAAGUAGUUUCCGGAAUUUUCAAACAUAAGUAAAAUUUUUUAAGUUGUUUUUUGUAGUGACUAAAGUAAUCAAGUUAUCCAUACUUUAACCUUUUUAAGUCCAUGUGUAAUUAGCCUGCAAACGCAGACUUAUUCAGAGAAGCAACGACCGGAAAUACGUCUGCGACGUUCGCAGGCUGUAUGUAUAAUUGGUAGCCUACCAAAAGUUAACAGAAAUCAUCAGUGUUUUCGCAAAAGGUGAUUAUGGUUGCCACAGGUCAGGAAAUGGUCAGGGAAAAAAUUCUUCAAGGUCAAGGAAAAGUGAAAUUUUAAGAGAAUAAAUAUAUUUAUUCUUUUCCCUCUUCUUUUAUUGUUUUCUAUCAUUUAAAAUUCUUUUGUACAUUUUACGGACAUGAAUCCUGUUGUAUUGGAGAAUAUUGUUCAUGAAAUUGAACGAACGGCAAGCUGAUGUUGAGCUUUCAAGAUUUUUUUUUUCGCAUGUUACGUUAAGGAAAUAUCAAUAAUUCAUGAACACUGCACGUGACUUGUUGAAAGCAUAAAUAAAUUGGUGGAGAGGAUGACUGUGAGGAGCGGGUUGGGUCCAUCACCAGGAUUAAUUUGUGAAAUGUUGAUUCACUUGGUCAGGGAAAUUAUUUAUUUGUCAGGAAAAAGUCAGGGAAUUUUAAUACAGGCGGUUCCUUUUCUAUAGUACUUUGACUGGAAGAUAUUGGUAGUUUGGGUAGGGAGAUGCUUAAAAAAGCUAUUAGUCGAACUGUAUUCUGUUUUCUCAGAGUUUUAUUUACUUUCUUAGAUUUUCAGGAAAGUAGUACAGUUUCUGCCUCGCCAGACUCAUCGCCUGAGUAAGUUCUUCUUUUGAUUGCCAUUAACUGCAUCUGAUGUAUACGCAAGUUUCUGUUAUGCUUAAGUUUGCUUGUAAUUUUUUUUUGUUGCCAAAAGAUUUACCAUAAUGUAUGUUUAUCCUUGUUUUAGGCUUUAUUUUCAUCUUUCAAAAGCAUUGUCAUACGAAAGCCCUCUCCCCCCAUCAUAUCGCAAAAAAAUAAUAACAAUGUAUCUUUAUUUCCGCCUUACUACAGCAUCGCCAAGCGCUCCUGGUUUGGGCAUCUGAUGUUAGGACACCACAACUCACACCAUAAACACGAGGUAGGGCACUUGAUGUGUACAGCAUUUAAAGCCGGUGAAUAGCAUCCAGUAUUUUUGGAACCGCAACAAAGUUGCAUGUGGUUGGGCGAUGUUAGAUGAGGCGUGUAAAGGAAACCAACACCUUCCAACAUAUUGCAUUAAAAGUGUACAUUGCUUGUGCAGAGCCAUUGUUUUCGUUGUUGCUUGUUUUAAUCAAAAUACCAUUUAAAAGAAGUUUCAAUUGGGCAUACCUUCAUAUAACAUUGUUUCGAAAGCUAUUAGUAGUGACCAAGCUGUUGCGAGGUGGUUCGUCGCAACAGGGAACAACAGAAUUGUUGGAUGAACACUUGAACUCAUCUAAUUAUGUCGGCCCCGUUGACCUAGUCGUCGGAGGGCGGUAGCAACCACCAUUUUCCCCAAAACAUCGACUGAUAUAUCGGUCGAUUACCAGUCUAAAUUUCGGUCAUUAUAUAACUUAAAAUCUCUUUCUAACUUCAUGUGGUUUUCUUUUUAGCCUUUCUUUAUAAUCACACGAGAAAAACCCUUCAGCACCGUCAAAGCGGAUCUUGUCCAUGCAUUUUUAUCAGUAAGUUAUAGUACAUUGAUUUUAGUUGAUACUGACCAUGAUUUUGGCCGAAGAGAAGCAAGAUGUUGGCUGGAGACGUAUUUUACUGGCUGUUAAGUAUCAACCCCUGGAAACUUGCUCGUAGAGCUUUAACCGCGCUGUUUCGUUGACGUCUAAUAGACUUUAUUCACGAUACCCGCUAUCUUUGCACGCGCUCUAGGAUCGAUGGGAUAAAAGCUAUGUCACGUGGCAUUUCAGGGGGCAAACAAGUGAUAAAAUCACGGCCGAGUUUGUUCAUACUAUCAAAACGGGGCGACGAUUUCAUAGUCGUGCAAAAUGGAUAUAUCACGUUUUGGCAAGAUUUACGUCAUUACUGUUUGCCAUGAUGACGUCUACGGUCGCUACUGCAUACAAAAAAGUAGCAAUGAUCACUUCCACCCAUAUUUUGACAUUAUCGUCUUUAAGAUGAAAAGGUCUUCAUUUCCUGUUGUCCAGAACAAACAAACUCGACCGCGAUUGGCAAUUGUUUUCACUUGUUUAUCCCCUGAGAAACCACUUGACAUUGCUUUUAUCCCAUCAGUCAUUUAGCGCGUGCAAAGAUGGCGGGUAUCGUGAAUAAGGUCUAUUCACCACUUUAGAAACAAGAAGCAAACUGAACAGUGUUAACUUCCGCAAAGACUUCUGGAAUUGUUUCUAGGGACAUGGAAAAAUCAGCCAAUAGCUGACCGGCGCGUGCCCACUAACGAUCCCAGAAACAAUUGCGGGACGAAUUUCGGCUCCAGUUCCCUUCUCGUUUCUAAAGUGGAUAAUUGGUCGCUGAUUUUUCUGUAAAUUAUAAAAUAAAUUUUUAUUUAAUUAUUUUAUUUUUCUUUUGUAGGGAUAAAUUACUUUUCUCUUGAAUUUUAAAAUACAUUAUUAUUAAAUUAUUUUGUUUUUCUUUGUUGAGAUAAAUGACUCUUCUCUUGACAGUAUUUCACUCGAAGCUUCUGUGAUAAUGAUGACAAUUGUUCUUUGAUUUCAGGUCAGUCACUUAACACACUCGGUUCUUUCACAAAACGGCUUCAAAGCAGAAUACAAAAAACCUGGAGGUAAGUUGGUCAGAGUGAUGACAUUGUAUUGGAUGUUAAUCGGAAGACUAAUUUUGUCUUCUUCAGCAGAAAGUUUACGUUGAUAACGUGGUUAAAUUGAAGUUGGCUCCUUUUAAAAUUCCGCAAUUGAGAAAGACUUUGAAAAAAGCAAUUGUUGAAUUGCAUACAUUUAAAGCAUCCUGCUGGUGAACAGUACGACACACGGAUACAACAAUUAACAACAAUUAUUAUCCUCUUCAAAUUCAAUUGAGAAAGUUUGAACAGGAUUUCUUUCUCUCUUCAUGUAUUGUUAAAUAGUUUCACUGGGAGACUUACUGAUUGAGUAAAGGUGCCCAGAGCUUUAGUACGGUGUUCUCUGUGUAGAUACAGUCAACUCUUGCCUUGCGGACACCCCGCUCAGUAUAACGGACACCCCGAUAAAACGGACUGUAGUUAAAAACCCUGGCAAAAAGAAAUCAAAGACGUUUGACUCCCGCUAUUACGGACUCUCGCUAAUGAGGACACUAACUUGAGGUCCCUACAGUGUCCGCUAUAAAAGGAAUUGACUGUAACAUUAGUGACAAUGACCAUUGACUCUUUAGUUCUUACUUUCAAAUCAGUUCUUAUACUAGCCUGUACCACAAACAAAGUUAAACUCUGUUUAAGUCCGUCUGCAAAACAGCACCGAAAUCCUUGUUCUAGGCCCCCACCUGUGUACCAGGAUUUGGUACGCGCCAUGUUUGGCCUGUUAAAAAAGCCAUUGUCGAUUUGCCAAUCAGAUUGAAAGGAAAUUCCGGUAAUUCGUUGAGUCCGUUGGCCCAGAACAAGGAUAUCGGCGCUGCUUCGCAGACGUUACUAACCGAGGUUAAAUUACGUCUGUGACGCAGGAUAUUAUUAUACAAUCCUCCUCCACAGACAUCCUUAGAGCUUGGCUUCAUCACUCGUUCCCUCCUCACGAACGCGUCACGAAGCCCUAAGAACGUUUGCGGAGGAGGCUAUUCUCGUACAAACCCGUUCUUUGUUUUUCCGAAAACAUUUUUGUAGGUAAAACAAUGUUCAAGAAAGCUGUUCGCAUCUCGGUGGACAUUUGUCCUGCUGACCGUGAUAAGCAAGAGGAAAGCACAAUUCACACCAUCUCCAUCGUUCUUGAAUCAGGUUAGUGUCCAGUUCCCCGUGCUAUUUUGUUGCGCCUUUUUCUCGGCGGAUAAGGAUUAUUCACUGAAAAUAUUUAUCCUUUUCUGACUGGCUCAAAUCCCCCGGCUUAUUCUUCAUAACCAGCUGUUGACCAGAUUUGAAAGGUGUAUGCGAUAUCCGAUAAAAUGACGUCAGUGCUGCGGAUAACAACGGAAAAAGGCACGGCAGCCAAGAAACCCUGGGACAAGAUUUCGUGAGCUCAGCUGUUUUGGUAGAGCUGGAGAGAAUGGCGAUAAAUUUCACACUAUUUGCGAAGAAAAAAUAGAAAAAACACAGCAAGCGAAGCAAAAAUACAACUCAACGGAUGUCAAGUGCUAUUUGAAGAGUUAUCUGUUAGACUAUAAACAUUCCGUUAUAUCCUGAAUUUUUAUCGAGGAGCAGGGCAAUGAAAACGGGAACUUCCGAUCGAGGUAUUAAACAUGCUUUUAAAGUUUUUUUUUUUAAUAAUGAAUUAUUAUGAAUGAAUAAUAAAAAAAUUAUUGAAUUCGGUUUUCGUAUGAUCAGAAUAAUUAUGUAGAUUCAGAAGGGUGGCUACAGUGGAUACAACAUUAAAAACCUCUUUGUUUGUUUUUCAGGACCUGUUCAUCGUUUCAAGAAGCUAUGUGAAAAACUUCAGCUCAUCCUUUUCUCAAAUCAGAGACGAAGCACUAGUAACUGUCGUGCGGAAGACGAAAAUAACGAAGAAUACCGCGCCCCUGAUGAGAAGGACGCGUCUUCUAACAACUCCAAGCUUCAGCUUACUCAUUUAUCUGACACGGAGAGUGAAGGAGAAGUAUUGGACAGUCUCAGGGCAUCUACGGAAGGUGUCUCUACGAAUAUGAAUGGAAAAGAAACUGAAAAAAAUGGUUAAAAUAACACCAAAACAGUGGCCAUGUCUUUUAUACGGGGAAUAUAUAUGAGUCGCUUACUUCAGUGAAGUAAAUUACUGGCACGUCUGGUGUCGUCACAUUAGCCCACGUUCGCAAUAUUAAAAUUCUAACAUGACUCCGAGGCUUUUAUAUUUCCAUAUUUGGUUUGGUUUUCUUUGUGCUCAAGUCUCCUCUAGGGAUUUCGAGACAAUGAGCCUCGUAGUCAUGUUAGAAUUUUAAUAUAUAGAGUGUGAGCUAUUGUACUAAAUUAUUUAUGAACAGCUAGUUGAAACUGGUUGCCCAAUUAAUUAUUUAUUGCAUCUGAAUUGGAAACUUUAUUGAAAGAAAAAUAGAAAAUGUAUAACAGUGAGAACUGAGGCCAUGUCCGAUAAUAACAAAAAGAACUCUAGGAUAACAGAUUCGAUCAGUACUAUUUCAAAAAAAUAGGACCGUAGCAAACUACGACAGUGACGACAACGAGAACGUCAAAAAGCAAUUUGUUAAACGAGCUAAACAACAACUCUGUACGUAAAACACACUUUCUGUCAAUUUCUACACGUUUGUGAUUUUGCUAGGAUAAAAAAUGGUGUUUCGUGAUCAUCCAUUGACGAGGACAAUUUUGCAAAUAUUAUCAGUAUUUUUGCCAAUUGGUAUGGAUUUCUUCUAAAUUCGAAUCUAUUGUGUAGAUUACUUUACAGUGUCCUAAUAACAAGUGUUUUUCUAUAACGGCGCUCGCGCAUGCUCUGGGCCGGGUUGUUCAAAGCCGGGUUAAGAUAACCUAGGGUUGGUGCGAAAUUUGAAUUCAGAUAUGAAAGGUUACGAAGCAAAUUCAGUCUAAUUCUUUUUAUCUGCAUUGUGGUGAUAGGAUGCUCUUAAAAAAACUUGCGAAAAUUAUACGAGAAAAUACUUUUCAACAAAAGAAAAAGAAACCGGGAUUAAAAUUUAACCCCGGAUUAGCGCUAAUCGGCCUUCGAACAACUGGGUCCUGGUUGUCUUGCCCUAACUGAGUUGACCAGGCUGGGCGAGCGAAAGUUGAGAAUGAAUGGGAAAAAGUUGGUCCGGCUUAGAGGGUUCGCCGCGUUUUGUAAGGAAAUGUACGAAAAGUUGGCUCGCUGGGUGUAGCUCGGAUAGGCACGUGACCCUGGUACCCAGGUCAAAUUGUGGCGUUUGUCUCUCUACGCAAAUCCCACAUGAGAGUGUAAUGUGGUCAGUGAUCAAUGAACCGUUUUCACUCACGUGGCCAGCAGCUUAGGGAAUUUAUUGCAACCAAAAGAAGUUUUAACAUUAGAGGAAGGUUCAACUCCCAGAUGACCAAAAUGGCCGCCGUUUCAUUGUUUUGGGUAACCAAUGUAUGUGGCGGACGUGACGUCAUGU